AUGAAGAAAAUUAGUCUUAAAACCUUCCGGAAAUCUUUUAACCUGAAUAAAAGUAAAGAGGAAACGGAUUUCAUGGUCGUGCAACAGCCCUCCCUGGCCGGUGACUUUGGGAAGGAUGAUUCCUUGUUCGGUAGCUGCUACGGUAAAGAUAUGGCCAGCUGCGACAUCACCAGCGAAGACGAGAAGAGUGGGAAAAACCGGUCCAAGAGCGAGAGCCUCAUGGGCACGCUGAAGAGGCGGCUUUCCGCCAAGCAGAAGCAGAGGGGCAAGGGCCCCGCGCCGGCCGGCGGCUCGGGCGACGAGGACACCUUCUCCUCCGCCUCCGCCCCGCUCGUCUUCAAAGACGUGCGCGCCCAGAGGCCCAUGCGCUCCACGUCGCUGCGCAGCCACCACUACAGCCCGACGCCGUGGCCGCUGCGGCCCACCACGUCGGAGGAGACGUGCAUCAAGAUGGAGGUGCGGGUCAAGGCGCUGGUGCACUCCUCCAGCCCCAGCCCCGCGCUGAACGGGCUGCGCAAGGACCUGCGCGAGCUGCCGCCCGACGCCGUGUGCGCGGAGCAGGGCGGCCCGCUCAAGAGCGCGGCGGCGCCGGGCGCCGAGCUGCACCUGCACCUGGACGAGCGCGUGCCCGUCGUCCUCGGACUCGUGCCUCAGGACUACAUCCAGUACACUGUGCCUUUAGCCGAGGGGAUGUACCCCCUGGAGGGCUCGCGGAGCUGCUGCCCCGACGGCUCCUCGCCCAUGGAGGUGUCCGCCGUGCCGCCCCCUGGCGGCGGCAGCGCCUUCCCCGACGCCGAGCAGGGCUGGUACUGGGGCCCCAUCACGCGCUGGGAGGCCGAGGGCAAGCUGGCCAGCGUGCCCGACGGCUCGUUCCUGGUCCGGGACAGCUCCGACGACCGCUACCUGCUGAGCCUGAGCUUCCGCUCGCACGGCAAGACGCUGCACACCAGGAUCGAGCACUCCAACGGCAGGUUCAGCUUCUACGAGCAGCCCGACGUGGAGGGCCACACGUCCAUAGUGGACCUCAUCGAGCACUCCAUCAGGGACUCCGAGAACGGAGCCUUCUGCUACUCGCGGUCCCGCCUGCCCGGCUCGGCCACCUACCCGGUGCGGCUCACGCACCCGGUGUCGCGGUUCAUGCAGGUGCGCUCGCUGCAGUACCUGUGCCGCUUCGUCAUCCGGCAGUACACCCGCAUAGACCUGAUCCAGAAGCUGCCCCUGCCCAACAAGAUGAAGGACUACCUGCAGGAGAAGCACUACUGA